GGAGUUUUAAAUAAAGUUUUCUAGCGUUUAAGUGAAACAUGGCUGCCACCGAAGUUGGAUGUGAACAUUACGUUCGCAGCUGUUUGUUAAAAGCGCCCUGCUGUGGAAAAUUUUAUGUUUGCAGACUUUGUCAUGAUGGUGAAGAGAACCAUCAAAUGGACCGAUUUAAAGUCCGAGAGGUCAAAUGUGCUGCAUGCAAUAAUGUUCAAGAGUCUCAGCAGAUAUGUAAAGAAUGUAAAAUGAAGUUUGGGGAGUAUUACUGUGACAUUUGCCAUCUCUUUGAUAAAGACAAGAAGCAGUACCACUGCCAGCCCUGCACAAUAUAUAACCUGCUUUCAGGAGAUGUGCAGAACUGGGUAAGCGCUUACCGCUGUCCUCUGUGUAUGCAUUCGGCCCUCAACAUGAAGGAGUGGUGGGAAGAGAGGGAUAAGGAAAUUGCCCAGACUCCCAUGCCCACAGAGUACCAGGACACUACGGUCAGGAUCAUAUGCAAUGACUGCCAGGCUCGCUCCACUGUCUCCUUCCAUGUGCUGGGCAUGAAGUGCAGCUCCUGUGGCUCUUAUAACACGGCGCAGGACGGCGGGCUGAUGGCGGCUCCUCCUGUAGACGUACGACAGCCCGCAGAGCACACGCUCGAAGAAGAGCCCAACACGGAGCACCACGAGUGACGUUUAGCCUCACAAACAUCUCUGUUAAGCUUUUAUAAAACUGACGUGUAGAAGGCGAGCUCUCCUCUCUCAAGUCUGUAGAUCUGCUCUUAUUUUUCUUGCCGGAUUGAGGCUUCUUUAGUCGUACCAUUCCACAUGCAUUUUGUCAUAAAGGAUGUUAAAGGUAAUCCUGCGCUAGGAGGAUAAACCUGACUUCUUUUGUCUGUCGAGAACUUUUUUGGUUUGCUUUAAGGAAAGGUAUCCUUUAUAUAACGGGCUCAUUCAGGGACAAUGGAUGUGAUUUACAAACCUUUGUUAAUUUCAGAAUUAUUUAAUGCUAUUUAUUGAUUAACUCUGGAAAAAACACAUUGUAUUACAGAAAUAAAAUGAUCACAUUGCAUCAAA